ACAUGCUUAAAUUAUCUUCUAAAGAGUCUCUAAGUCUCUUUACAUAAACAUAAUCACAAGCACACACAAUAAACUUUAGGAUUUCAUCACCCAAAAUAUUUAAAAUUCUCUUUUCAUAAUUGCAAAGUAUAAUUACUUCAAUAUACAAACACUACUUCAAAUGUGCUUCAUAUGAGAAUAUAUUGAGUUAUAUAUUAAUUGAAUUUACCAAAACAUCCUAUGACAAGUGAUUUUGGAGGUUAAUGAUAUGAUAUCAUGAAUUUGUAGAAGAUAAUAGCUUAGAGCAACAUCAAAAUAAUUCAUUCAAAAAUGGGAUCAACUGAAAGCUCAACUCGUAAAAUAUCAAUUGAAAAUGACGAGGAUCUAAAAGAGAAUUCAUCUUUUCCACAAACAAUAAAAGUUAAAAAAAUCAACAACCCUAAUCAUCAAACUCCAGAAAUAAGUUUGGAGAAGGUUGACAAUUCUAAUAUUGGAGUAUCUGAGAAUGAAAGCGAAGAUAAAGAUGAAUACAAAGAUGGCGAUGUCAAAUCCACCAAAGAAAUACCCAAAAUGAAAAAUGAGCUCUCCGAAAAAGAACUCAACCUUCAGCACGUGCAAAUGCUGAAAACCAACAAGGAAAACUGGGACAAGAAAAUUCAGAAUCUGAAAGAAAAACACGAUAAAAUCUACAGUGAUUACAUAGAGGAGUAUCAGAAAGCAGUCAAGGAUAACAGCCCUAAGGAACAAAAGAAAAAAAACGCGGUUCCUUGUAAGGAUUUCAAGGAGAAGGUUUUGAAAUGCUAUCAGAAAAAUAAAACAGAAACACUGGUUUGCUCAGAAAUUGUACAGGAAUACAUGAAAUGUUUGGAUAAUGCUAGAUGUGAUGUAAUGGAGAAGAAAUAAAACCAAUUAUACGAAAAAAUGAA